AAUUAUGCAUAAGCUCGACUCUGAAGGUGGGAGGAGUCAGGAUACUAAUGCUGCUGCAGUAUACCUACACUGUAAGAUCGACACUUCUUUAUAAAGCUGAUGUGUAUUUGUUUUUAAGGAAAUCUCUAUAAAACAUGAUGAUGGGAGCUGGAUUAGAUAACCGUACAGACCGAAGCAUGUUUAUCAUGCGGGUCCUGCUGAGCCUGUUUCCUCUGGUCCUCAUGAUGUGGAACAGUGACAGCACUGAAGCAUUACCUGUACAGGACAAGUUAGCACGCACCAAUGAGAUACUAAACGAAGACGAGAAGGACCUGCUGAAGAAGAUGGUGACUGAUAUGGCAGCGAUGAACUUAACUAGCAAAGAACUUAAAGAUUUGGACCCUGAGUUACUGAAUGGUAAACUGGAAAACAAGACUACUAUUGAACAGCCAAUCCUGAAAGAUAAAUAUCCAUGCAAGCUUUUCUUCUGGAAGUCCUUUUCCUCAUGUUAACAUCUACAAUCCUGCCUUAACAGUAAACCAAUAUGUAAUCGCACCUCAUAAUCAAAGAAAAAUGUAUCCACUUGGCAUGUACAGUUAUUGUAUUGUAAUAUAUGUCUGAUGACUGUUAAAAGAAAUGUUAUGCAUUUAUAACAGGUUACUACUGGGGACAACAUAACAUAGGCCCCCCCCAAAUAUCACAACCUUUUGCAUGUGAACUUUAUAUACUGUUUGAGAUUCAAGCGUGUGUCAAAUAUGAAGCAUUCUUAACCCUCUUACAUAAUUAAUAACUGGUACUACAUAUAAAUGCCAUAACCAGGGGUGCACAUAACUUUUGGUCCUGGUUCUUAAAGGAGCACCUGGAGAUGUUGCCUGGUACUCACACUAUUCAUGGCACAGCCAUCCUACAUGUCACCAUCACUAAUCUCUUGACUACUCUCUUCACCAUAUUUCUUUGGUUUAAGCAUGGUAGACAAUGAUGUGCAUAAAAUAAAAAAUAUAUGUUUAUUGUAUUUAACCCAUGUAACCAAUGCAAAACUUUGCAAUAAUUUGGGGGGAUUCUACUGACAACUGACAAAAUAAAAAGAAUUAUUUUAA